CCACAGUGUAACAUUUAAAUAGGAGCUGAGAUUUCGAACGACAGUCUCGUCGGCUCCUGACUCUCGACAUACGACGAUCCUUACAACUUGAAGGAGCCAACGAUGGUUACCCGCUCACGCAUCUCUGCAUUUCGUCGUUCGCCACGAUCCAUCGAGCACCUGUGCCGAGGAGAAUGCCUUCACGAUCUUACCAAAGCCCAGAGUGCCCUUGUGAUUUCGCUCGCCCAUCUGAGCGGCUGGUCUGCAGAAAGAAUCGCGGUGACCAUCAAGAACAGAAUUUCUCAGGAAGUUUCGGCAGAAGAUAUCUGGCAUUACUGUUGGCGAUGGAUUCUUCUGGGGCGUAGCAACGACCAGGACUUCGUUUCUGAGGAUGAUCGCGAGCUCAUGAAAGCUGCCAUCAAGGAAGCUAUGAUUGAUAUGGAGGUUGGGAAAGGGCCAGCAAGACCUUUGCACAAGACCGUUGAGCCAGUCACUGUACCUUUUGCCGAGAGAUGGUCCCCCUUUGAAUUGCCACCCAUCGAACUCUGCGAAGGCUAUACACCUGCCGCUCGUGAAAAAAGCAAAGGCUAUCUCAUACUAGGGUCUUGGAAAGCCUACGGAGCACUGACUCCCACAGAAGAGCCAAUAAUCGCUAGAUUCGGCAGCACGGUCGAAUGUAUCGUCAAGAAAACCUUGAGACACUGGUCUCGUGAGAUGAAGACACUUCUCGACGAUGGUACUUCUCUCCAGGACAUCAACAAACGUGACCAUGUCAAUUUGGUCAUGAAGCACCUCGAUAUCUUCCACGAGUCUUGGGAGAAGGAAUUCGGCAUGAUGGAGAUUCCAGAAGCCCACAAUGGCUUACAAGCUUCAAAGAGUUCGGAGAUCUUUAUCACCACUACUGGCUAUGGUUGCAAAGUCCUACUUGGGCUUAUGAUGGCCGACCGCAUCCAUAUGGUUGACCGGAAGAGAAAGCAGCAACGCCUUCAAACUUGCUUUCUGAGAGUGGAUGUUGAGACUCUGGAUGAUGACUUGAAGGAGUGUUUUGUCUGCAAAAAUCAGAUGGGCGUCGAGGAUGAGGAUGGAGUGAAGGAGCAAGCGAUUCGCUUGACCAUCUGCUGCGACAAAGUCAUCGGCGAGGACUGCAUAAAGAAGUGGUGCGAGGCAAAGGGAAAGAAAGAACAUGACUGCCCCUUUUGCCGCGGCAGAUUCACUGAUCGUUUCUGGAUGAAGUUGUUUGAGCAGCUCGAAGACCCAAUUAGCUACGAUCGACCUGAUGGAGUCUCAAUAAGACCCGAAGAGAUGGGUCUCAUGUUGAGUCGUGGCGAAAGCCCCCAAAUAUUGCGAGGACAUUCCGAGCCAGGCUCUCCUCCUACCCACCAUGCCCAGAGUCCAUCGUCCAUUGUAUCCUCCAAUCCAAUAGUCUCCUCACCUGAUACCAGCCAACGUAGUCGGAGCGGCAGCCUUCUUGUAAGAUGGGGCGAUGUUGCGAGAUCCAGGCGUCUCAAUAUUAUUCGUGCUCCAGGAUCUCGAGACGACUUUGACUGCGAGGGGUAG